UUUUUCAAUACCAAGGUCCGCAGUCCGAAGAAGUUCUUUCAAGAUUGAUGACCGCCAAAUAACAAAAAUAAUCAUAAACAUCUUUUAAAAUUUAAUUUUAUUAUAAUUAAUUUUAAAGUAAUUUUAAAAUAAUGUUAUUCAAAUAAUUAAACCAAAAAAAAAAUAGUUGACCAAUAAUGACAUAGUAUUCUCGUAUUUUUCAUAUCACUGCAAAUUUUAUUAGUCAAAAUUUUUGAUUUAAAAAAGAAAAAGUGAAGUUCUAAGAAAUAAAGAAAACAUGGAAAAAAUUACGUGCACUUGGUUAGUGAUUAUUACAGUAAUUAGUGCUUGCACGUGUGGUGUUAGAACCGCGUGCAAUGGACCUACGCAAAUUUCUGUUCUCACUGGAGUACACGACGAUCCUGCAUGCAGAAAAUUGUCUUCCAAGGGAGUUAUGCUCUUCGAGGCUGCCAGGUUUCUUACCGAAGCGCACAAUAAUAAGACAAAUGGAUAUAAAAUAGACUUGGCUGUUAUGGACACGUGCGGAAGCAUUGCAGGGGCAAUGAAAGCUUCAAUGAGAGCUCUUGUUAAGGCAGAUGUCAACUGCUUACAACCACCAUUCCAUUUAGGAAUAAUUGGUCCAGACACAAUAACAAAUGCUGAGGCUGUACAGAAAGUAACUUCAGUCCUAAGAAUACCUCAUAUUCUAAGAAAAGCAUCAAAUUCGCCCUUUAUGCACUACAUGCCUAAAGAAUCGGAUGCAUACAUUGUUCGAGGAAUUAUGAAGAUCCUUCAUGCUCUGAAUUGGAAAACGUUUACUUUAGUUGCACAGAAUAAUGAUGACAAUGAUGAUGAUGUGCAAAAUAUUGCCAAGAAAUUAACGAUGGAAGCUAUUUCAAAAGGUCUUUGUGUCUUGGUACACGAUCAUGACGAAGAUGAUUAUUCAUCGAAAAUCGUGCACAUUGGGAAACCUAGUAAUGGACUUUUUACCGGAUCAAUGAAUGCAUCGAUUCUGGUGGUUAGCGAAGGAAAUUUAGAAGGAUAUUUAAAUCGUGUAAAUUCGACUAAUUCAAUAUUACUCUUAGAAGAUGCCAGAACUGAUUUUGAUGGUUUGGAACAGAGGGUGCAAAGAUCAAGAUGGUGGAACGAAGAUGGAGCUGGAACGUAUGACACCGAAGAAAUGAGAGAUGUUCGGUGGUUACAAGACGCACUUGACGUUUACACAAAAGCUCUCGACGUUUUAUGUAAAAAGAAGAAAUGCAAGGGUCAAGUAAAUCCGACAGAUUGGAAUAAUAUUAUCGUAAAUGUAUUAUCAACAAAAGUAGCCGAAGAAGAUUCAUCCACAAAGGGUUUGGAUCUCUCCUUAAAAACAAGAAAUUCAAAAUUAAACAAUUUAGGAAGAUUGAAAAUUACCAAAACAAAAGCAAACAUGGCAUGGGGUACAUCGGACGAUGAGGACGAUGACGAUUUUUCAAAUGAUGACGAUGAAGAGGAAGGUGACACGGGUCAUGUACCAAAAAUUUUCAAAAGACUCAUUUCAAAACAAAAGGAAUCACGCAGUGGAUGCGCUACUUCAACAAAAGAAAUGAAAAGUUCAAUCGACAAUGAUGACGAUGAUAAUUCACAUGUUUUCGUUUCCGAAAUGGAAGAAAGUGAAUGGUGGACAAUGGUAAUGACAGUAAGUGGAGUGGGAGUGGCCAUGUUUUCUGUGGGUAUUUUGGCAGUCUACAUUGUCUACUCAAAUAUACGUGGACCCCGAGGAUCAAAAAAUGUCGAAAGAGAUAAUAGUUUAAGAAGAGUUGGAAGUGAUCGACGACCAACAAUCACACAACGAGUCCUGCGAAGUAAUCCACGAAGGGAAAGUAAUCGCAGUAUUCAAAGUAAUGUCUCAGAAAAGAGUGUUUGAGAAAAGUAUUAAUUUCUAGUCAUCAAAAAAUAUUUAAGACAUUAUGUGUCUUUCUUUCAAUUUUAAACAGUUCAAAAUUUUCUUUAACAAAAUUAACAUUCACAUAAAUUUCUUUUUCUAAAUUUACAAAUUAUUCUAAUCGAACUUUUUUCAAUCGAAUUCAAUGGCAAAAUUUGAUAAAAACGGAAAAUUUAUCAAAAAGAAAUAUAUAGGUAUGUAAAAUACAUCAUGAAGAUGUAAGAACAUUUAAUUUUUUUAAUUUUUUCCAAAAGUGCAUAAAUUUAAUGAAUAAAAACUCUUUUCACUUUCAUUCAGUCUUUCAAGAUGACUGGAAAAUCGAGAAAAAAGUCUAAUAACAAUUUCGUCUUGAAAGAUUGAAUCAAUAAAUAUAAAAAAAUUUAUUAUUUUAAUUAAUAUGAAUUAAUUUAUCAAAUUAUUUUAUUUACGCAUUGAAAUUAAAAAAUUUAUUAUUUUAGCAAAUAUGAAUUAAUUUAUCAAAUUAUUUUAUUUACACAUAAAAAUGAAGAAAAUAAAAUACAAAAAAAGGGUAUUAUAGAAAUAUUUAUGUUACUAUAAGUUGUUUUUAAGAUGUAAUAAAAAAGUUAUCUAUUUUCGAUAAAUAAAUAAUAAAGUUUUCUGUAAAAAUAACGUUUUUUAGUUUAGAGAAUAGAAUUGUGAAUGUUGACAAAAAAAGAAUGUAUUAGAAAAAUUAUUUUUCCUCUUUUUAUAGAAAAACAUAAUGAGAAAUGUGUAUAAUAAUUACAAUAAUAAAAUAGAUUAUUUAUUUUGAACAGGGAAAAAAAAGUUAGCAAACGCGGAAAAAUAAUUAACUGUAUUUUUUUCAAACUGACGAUCAUUUCUUCCUUGAGGAUAAG